UACUCAAUAAUAUUAGUGAUAUUUAAUUUCAACAAAAAUUUAGAUCAAUUUCAUAAUACUAUUAGAUAAUAUAUAGUUGCAUAGGAAUAUAUUUCGACAGGUGGUAUUUAAAAAAGAAAAUAUAAAUCAGGGAGUAAAAUGAAUGAUUAGAAUAAGUAAAAAUUGAAUUCUAGUCUAGAAAAAGAUUUCGAUGAGAUAUUUGGUGAAGAUGAAGAUGAAGUCAAUUCUAAUAAGAAUUCUGAUUAAAACAAUAUUGCAGAUAAAGAAGAAUAGGAAUUUCAAGAAAAUAACACAGACUAAAAUGAAGGCGAAGAAGAAAAUGAUAGCAAUGAUAAUCAGAUAUCUAAUGAAAACUCUUAAGAAGAAAGCGAUGCAGAACCUAAUUAUUAAGAAUUUGAAGAAGAAGAUGAUGAAGGUGACGAAAAUGAAGAUUACGAAAAUUAAAGUUCAGAAGAUAAAAAAUAGCAAAAUGAUUAUUCUGAUAAUUCAGAUUCUAAUGACGAAGAAUAAGAUUAAUAGGAUGACGAAUAAGAAAAUGGGCAAGAAGAUAUAAAUGAUAUAUUUAAUGAAUAAGAAGAUAAUAAAAGCAAUCACAAUUAAAAAUAAUCAGGAAAAGAAACACGCGAUCAAAAAUAAACUUCAAAUGCAGAAGAUGAUUAAAAUAAAAAGAAAGCUUCAUUAAAAAAAAGUGAUAGCGAAGAGUACGACAGUAGUAUAAAACUUAAAAAGCGCAAAAAUCUAGAUAUCAAAUAGGAUAAAUCAGUAGAAAAUAAUUAAGCAAACACAGCAAAUUCUACAUCUAUAUCAAACAAAAAUGACAAGGAAAAAUCAAAAGACCACAACAGUAGAAAUAGAUCAGAAAGUAGAGAUUCCCAUAAAAAUAGGAAGAGAUCAAGUCACAGAUCAAAAAGAUCAAGAAGCAGAUCUAAUAACGAUAGUCGUCAUAGAAGCUAUUAUUCUUAUUCUAGGAGUCCAGAUAGCAAAUCAAAAUCAAGAAGAUAAAAAAGGAGCAAAAGAAGCAGCAGAAGCAGAACAAGAAGUGCUUCUAAAGGGAGAAGAGAUAAAUAAUACACUUGCUGUAAUAGGUGUAAAAAAAAUGACAAAGGUGGAAAAACAUGUAUUUGUGUCGUUCCUGCUAGUUAAAGAAGAAGCUCUAUCGGCAUGUCUGGUUGCUAGACAUGUGGUUGCAAAGGAUGCUCAAAAGAAGACGAAAUAUAAAACUAAGCAAAUAACCCAUCUAAUUCAAAAAUAAAAAGAAAAAGUAGUGAUGUGAGAUCUAACAAUUCAAAAGUUUAAGAUAAUCAUUCACAUCAUGAUAAUUAUAACCAACAAAAUUAUAAUAAUUAUAAUUAAAAUCAUCAUUAAGAUUUUGAAAUGAAAAAUGGAUGCUGUAAAUAAUGUCUGAAAGCAUUCUCGAAGUCAGGAAAAGCAUGUCUUUGUUAAGUACCAGAAAAAGUAAGAAAAACAGCCUUACCUAAAAAUGGUUGUAAAUAUUGUGGGUGCAAAGGUUGCAAUCCUGAAGAUACAAGACAUAAUUCUGCAGAUAGAUUAAAGCAUGAUAAGAAUAAAUACUAAAAUUAAAACAAUACAGCUAAUUUUAAUAGAGAUAAGAUGAUUGUAAAUAACUAGUAAAAUAUGUAAAAUAAUAGUGCAAGAAAUAAUGCCAGAUCAUAUUCUCAAGAGAAUUAGUAAAUAUAAGUAGUGACGACAUUUACUGAAAAUGAAAAUGAGUUUGUCCCAUACGAAAAAACAAGCUUAGGAAAAAUAUUGAUAAAUGAUUUAAAGCUAUAUUCUUCACUUGUUGGAUUUGGUAUACCAUAGAGAUCAUAUUCAUAUAUUAUGGGAAAACCUUAAAACAGCUGA